AUGCAUGCGAGAACCCCCGUUCAGGGCAUUGUGGAUUGGGCCUUGCCUGAUGAUCCGCCACUCUCUGGCCAGUCAAGAGACGUGACCAAUAUAGGCUCUCUGGAUGAAGAAACCACCGACUCCGAAUCUCGGACCACCUACGAAGCGCCACCGCCGUAUUCGAUCCUCCCUCAAACCACUUUACCUCCAUUGUACUUGGACCUUUUUCCCAGCCCCUCUUCGACACCGUCACAGAUUACUACAUCCAGACCAAUCCAAGUACGGCAGUCGAGAUCAGAGUCAUUCUCACGGCCACCGCUCCUUGAAAAUUCGCCCUUACCGGCGCCAACUGCAACACCGCGAACCAUUGGGCCACCCUUCGAAGCCAAGUGUCACGACAAGUCCAUCAGCAUUCUAUUUCGCCUGCCAGACGGACUGCUGGGUCUUGUGGUCGAGCACCUGGACAAUUCUGGCAUCGAAUGUCUACGACGCGUCUCGCGCAGGUUUGUUGCCUUGUGCAACGAAGAAAUACUCACGCGGCCGUACACCUUCCAGCCAAGAUGGAAGCUAAGCGAUUCGGGCGGACCUUUUGCGUGGCCACGGUUCAGGGCCUUUGACGGCUCGCACGCGUGGACACACAUCGCGGCCGGGGAACGGCAGCAGUUUCUGCAGCUGAUAGCCAGGGACGCUUACUGCGACGGCUGUCUUAGGGCCCAGAACGCCGGUGAUUGGGAACUGCGGGUUGAGCGGCUCAGGAGGUACCUCUAUUGCCAUUCUUGUAAGGCAGACCACCCAGCUUGUAUUUUCCCUUGGUGGCAGAGGCAGGCACAAGCCAGCAACCGGAGCUGUAUUGCGCACGAGGGGUACUUUCGACUAUGUCAACACGAAGAGGGCAUCAUCCGUUGGUCCGAUAUCUCACGGAUCAGCGAGCAAUCGAGGGAUGGUGAAGACGAGAUUGAUUGCGUAAUACGAUGCCAGGACGCCAGCCAUGCCAUUUCGUGCCCACAAACCAAGCGGGGAAGGUCUGAUAUCAGGGUCUACCGGCAUAACGCUUGCUGCGUCGAGUGGCCCGUCCCUCAACUCAAAGUUGAUGGCUCCAAGAUAAAAUUGCGUUGGGGCGCUCAUAUGCCCCUUCAGACCGACGGCAGAUCAGUAACGGCGAACGACCUGCGUCAGGGAAUAGCAGAGAUCAGAGCAAAGGGCGGACGCUUCUUGUAUCCUGCCAUGACGUUUGAGCAAGACGUGCCAGAGAUGCGCUGCUUUGACCCGAAUGAAUGUGACUGCGUGUCACGAGAAGCGUCCAGGAACGUCGAAUCGAUACCCAGGACUUCGUUGGAUUCUGAGAAAGAGUGCCCAACAAACUUCUCAAGGAAGCUACCCCAAUAUCCACCUAACGUGUCUUCGUCUCGGCCGUCCACCGCUGGCUCCAGCAUCCGGGAACAGCUUCGACCCCACAGCUUGAAGUACCGGGGGGCAUGCGAGUCGAGCCAAAAGAAGCAUGAGGCGCGCUGGUACUUCUUUGGUCCCGCACAGGUCAAAGUGGCAUUCUGGCCAUGCCACUCCAGUGACUUCUGCCUCGUCCUUCACUACACCCGGAUCCUGACUAUCGGCCGCGACGGAGCCAUUGACGCGCAGUGGUAUCAAGCGCUAUACCCGGAAUCGUACAACAUCACUGGGGACAAGGAGGGAUUUGAAAUAUACUGGUGUCGUCAGAACCGAUGUCGGAACUACCAUGGACGUAUCCCUGGCUUCUCGAGAAUCAUAGGUGGAAAAGAGUACCACAGGACUGUGUAUUCCGGUUGGUCUGUGGAGGCGCUUAAAUAUGUUGACAGUUAA